AUGGGCUCUCUGGGCUACAAGGUUGCCGACAGCAUCUAUGCGCACCCUCUGAUAUCAGAAAGAGCCAUUGACGAGCCUCGGCCACUCAAAGUCAUCUAUGUGGGAGCCGGUGUCUCUGGUAUCUGUGCAGCUAUCCAGUUUCCCAAGUUCCUGCCGGGAGUAGAACUUGCCAUUUACGAGAAGAACCCCGAUGUGGGAGGUACAUGGAUUGAGAAUCGAUACCCCGGUUGCGCAUGUGAUAUCCCAGCUCACUCUUACCAAUUAAGUUUUGAGUCUGAAGUACACUGGAGCCAGUUCUAUGCUGGAGCCCCAGAGAUCCUACAAUACUGGAAAAAGGUCGCAGACAAGUACGACGUCAAGAAGUACAUGAAGUUCAACCACAAAGCUAUCGAGGCUCGGUGGAACGAAGAGACGUCAAAAUGGCACGUCAAAUUCCAAAGGUUAGACAGCGACGAGGUUGUGGAGGAUGUCGGUGACGUCUUCAUGACCGGCAUUGGCGCGUUGAAUGAAUGGAAAUGGCCCAACAUCGAAGGCCUACACAGCUUCAAGGGCAAGCUGUUGCACAGCGCGAACUGGGAUUCUGAAUAUGACGUGACGGGCAAGGAGAUCGCGGUGAUCGGUGCCGGUAGCAGCGGAAUUCAGAUCGUCCCAACCCUGCUGCCCAAAGUCAAGUCUAUGGAUCAUUAUGUCCGCGGCCGAACAUGGAUUGCUGCCACCUUUGGCAACGAGCUGGUCAGAGAACGAAACAAUGGACAAGACGGCAACUUCAAGUACACCCAAGAAGAGAUAGAGGCCUGGAAGAAAGACCCCGCGUCCUACAUCAAGUACCGCAAGGCCAUCGAGAUCGGUAUGCAAGGUGGCUUCGCCUUGACACACCGGGGGACAAAAGAACACGAGGGCGCAUGGUCGCAAUUCAACCAGGAAAUGCGCAAACGACUAGAGAAGAAGCCACACAUCGCGGAACACCUCAUUCCCGACUUCCCGCCUCUUUGCAAACGACUUACACCUGGACCCGGCUACCUGGAGGCUUUGGUGGCCGACAAUGUCAAUGUUAUUGCCGACAAGAUCGAGCGCAUUGACGAGACUGGCAUCAUAACGAGUGAUGGUAAACACCGACCCGUGGAGGUCAUUGUCUGUGCAACGGGCUUUGACACCUCAUUCCAAGGCCGAUUCCCCAUCUACGGCCGCGGUGGAGUGAACCUACAAGACCGUUACAGGACUCGGCCAGAGACGUACCUGGGCGUUUGCACCGAUCAGUUCCCCAACUUCUUCCAAUCACUAGGUCCCAACCAAGGUCUAGGGAAUGGCAAUCUGCUGAUUCUCAUCGAGGCCAUCUCGUUAUAUGUUGGGCAGAUCCUGCAGAGGCUCGGCCAGGGGAACGUGAAGACCAUCGAGCCGAAACGGAAAGUCGUUGAAAACUUCACGGACUACUGCGACGCCUACUUCAAGCGUACCGUCUUCUCGGCAGAGUGUGGAAGUUGGUACAAAUCAGCGCCGCCCAAUGCCACGGCGGAAGAACGAAAGAGAGGGCGGGUGACCGCAUUAUGGCCCGGCAGCAGUAUUCAUGCCGUGCGGGCAUUUGAAAAGGUUCGAUUCGACGACUACGAGAUGACCACAUGCGACGGCAAUGACUUUGGAUGGUUCGGCGACGGCUGGGCCGUGGCAGAGCGAGUAGGCGACGUUGAGGGUUUGACGUGGUACCUGAACGGUACACGCUUCCUGCACGAAUCCUUAGAGAAGGGCGAAAAGCUGGUCGUCGGCGAGGACAAGAUUGUGACUCGGGGGGAAGACGAUGGGCUGAAGAAGGGUGAGAUCGCAACGGAAUUUCGAGUGCCAGAUGGGAUUGCGGCGACUUGA